AUGAGCGAAGAUUCUAUCGCGGGUAUCUACGACACCCUUAAACAAUGUGCACUGAUCUCCAAGAGUGCUGGAGGAAUUGGUUUGAACGUCCACAAUAUUCGAGCUACUGGAUCUCUGAUAGCGGGAACAAACGGCACGUCGAACGGUUUAAUCCCUAUGCUCCGUGUGUACAACAACACUGCCCGUUACGUGGACCAAGCGGUAAUGAGCGCCCGGGAGCGUUCGCCAUUUACUUGGAACCAUGGCAUGCUGAUGUUUUCGAGCAAGUUCUACUCCUAG